UUCAGACCGUUGUCACAACGGCACAAUAAAAGGAGGUUUAUACAGGAACAGACAAAUCUCAGCUGUGAAAGCACCGCCACAGAAACUUAUUCCCUCAGAAAUGUGGCUCUUUAUUUUCCUGAUCUGGUUGGCGACAUGUGUCGGAGGCACAUACUGGUACUUGUUUGGUAAACGAAGCCCUUUCUCUCUGGAGUCCGUGAGACCUCCUGCACCUCGAGAAUUUGAUCAGAAGAAGAGAGACAAAGUCAUCAAGCAAGGUUUCAGUGCUGACAAGGUGCCACAGAACCUGGACGUCAUCGUGAUCGGUAGCGGUAUCGGCGGACUGACAGCUGGAGCCACGUUGGCCAAAGCAGGAAAGAAGGUUCUGGUUCUGGAACAGCACGACCAGGCCGGAGGCUGCUGCCACACGUACAUCGAGAAGGGCUUUGAGUUUGAUGUUGGUCUCCACUACAUCGGUCAGGUCCAUGAGAACAGUCUGCUACGGAUCGUUUUUGAUCAGAUCACGGAGGGCCAGCUGGAGUUUCAGAAACUGGACCAACACUUUGACACCAUCCACAUCGGCCAAGACCACGACAAACAAGAAUACACCAUUGUUUCUGGUAAAACUGAAAUGAAAGCUCACUUGCUGAAGCAAUUUCCUGAUGAGAAGGAAGCCAUUGAGACUUUCUUCAAAAUCAUGAAGAUUUCUGCCAAGAAGACUCACUACCUGGCCACUCUGAAGCUGAUUCCUCAGUGGGUUUCUUUAUUCCUGCUCAAGUCAGGCAUCGCCAACCUCAUCUCUCCAGUCUUCCGCCUCUCUGGCACGUGUGCAACUGAUUAUUUAAACACACUGACCAAAAACAAAGAUCUCCAGAUCCUCUUCUCUUACCUUUUCUAUGGAGUACCACCUAAAGAGUCCAGUAUUCUGAUCAACGCCCUCCUGAUUCAUCACUACAAACGAGGAGCCUACUACCCCAAAGGAGGUGCCAGUGAGAUUGCUUUUCACAUCAUCCGCACUAUUCAGAAGUACGGAGGAAAUUGCCUGGUCAGAGCUCCAGUCUGUCAGAUCCUGGUCAACGAGAAAGGCGCAGCAUGCGGUGUGAAGGUGAAGAAGGGUCAGGAGGAAGUGGAUGUUCUGGCACCUGUGGUUGUUUCUAACUGUGGUAUCUUCACCACCAUCCAGAAGCUCCUCCCACCUGAGAUCCAAGUCAAACAUGAGGUCCAGGAGAGGCUCAACAUGAUGAGACACGGCAGAGGGUCGCUCCUGGUCUUUUCUGGUUUCGAUGGAACCCAGGAGGACCUGGGGCUCGUCUCCACCAAUUUCUGGUUGUUCAAGGACAAUGACAUGGAUAAAUCGAUGGAUGAUUUCUUUGCUUUGAGCAAAGAAGAAGCACCUGACAACAUCCCCAUGAUGUUCAUCACAGUGCCCUCUGCCAAAGACCCUGAAGCUAAAUUGCGACAUCCAGGGAAGUCCUGUAUGACGAUCCUGACCAUGGUCAAGUAUGAAUGGUUUGAGGAGUGGAAGGACACAACGGUGCGCAAAAGGGGGGACGACUACCUGAACUACAAGAUGAGAUUUGCUAAGAACCUCUUUGAUUGGGCCUGCACUGUGUUCCCUAAAAUCAAGGACAAGCUUGUUUUCCAGGACGUGGCAACCCCACUGACCAACAUGCACUACCUGGGAGCUCAGCGUGGAGCCAUGUACUCCUCUGAACACAACCUGGAACGUUUCUAUGCUGAAUCUGUAGCCAGAAACCGCUGCUCCACCCCUGUUAAAAACCUCUACAUCUCAGGCCAAGACGUGUUUAGCUGUGGGAUAGCAGGAGCACUUCAUGGUGGACUCCUCUGCGCCUCUACGGUGUUAGAUCACAUUGUCUAUAUCGACUUGCUCCUCCUCAAAAAGAAGCUGAAGAGAAGGAAAGCCAGAGAGCUGGCUCAGCUGACCAAGAAUAAGUUGCAGUGAAAGAGCUUCUCACCCCGCAGGACAAAAAAUGAAUUCAGUUCAAUUCAAGUUUAUUUAUAUAGCGCCAAAUCACGACUAACUGUCUCAAGGCACUUCACACAGUAAACAGUCCAUCACAGUUCAGUUCAUUAAGCCAAUCAGUAAAAAGUCUCUUAUUUAAGGAACCCAGCAGGCUGUAUCGAGUCACUGACUAGUGACUGACAGCAGUCCUCAUACUGAGCAAGCAUGCAGCGACAGUGGAGGGGAAAACCCUUCUGCACAUACUUGGUGCCGAUACUGGUACUCAGCCCUUUGAAGGAGUAAAUGUUGUACAUUCUUUGUUCUGUGUGUUUAAUAUGGAACAUUAUUAUUAUUAUUAUAAUCAGCUGGAAGCACAUUGCAAACUCAGUAUUUACUCAUAAAAUUGGUUUUCAUCCUAUUUUUUUCAUCUGGUCCUAGCUGAUACCAAACUCGUUUGAUUUUCUGAAUUUUGGGUGUUAACUUUGUUAUCUCAGCAAGCUAACAGUAUAAUCUUUCUCAAGCCCUGGUGCUAGAGCUAUCAUAGAUUUUGGACUGUUUUUGUUCGGUUUUGGGUUUAAAAUGGACAGAUAUAAAUACACCUGACAGUUCAGACAUUCUGAACUAUGUUUUUUAAAGAAUUUAUUUAUAGCAUUAUGCAGAAAUGAAGUCAAUAAAGAAAACAACAUUACUUUGUAAUGCAACCUUG